ACGAACGGCUGGACGGAGGAGUUGAUGUGAACUGGGGAGGGAGGCUGUGGGGCUCUCCACUAGGACUACAGCACAACUUGGAGAGGCUGAAACCAUGCUUUGCCUUUGGGCACUGGCCUUUAUUUUAGUCCUACGGGAGCAAGAUCUUCUAGCUGUUGCAGACCCUGUCAGUGUGUUACCUGGAAGUCUGGGAAGAGAAAGCUGGUGUAACGAACAUGAUACAAUCCAUGGACGCUUAGACAUUAUUGAAGAGAAGGUAAUAAAAACAGUGGAACAUCUAGAAUCAGAAGUCAAAUCACUCCUCAACAUCAUCAGUGAGACACCGCACAUCCCCAUUGCUCCAGGAACCCCACUUAUAGACAUUUCCGAUGAUACCAGUUGAGCACUGCAAAGACAGAAGACAGCUGGAUGUAACUGGUUGUCAGACGGUUGCACUUUUGUUCAUUUAUUAAGUUUGGGUUUCCAUAAUUUGAGCAAGGAUGAAAAAUCCUCAGCUGUAGC